AUGGUAUUAAUUUCAUACACCAACAUUAUUGUUGAUGAUUUUGGAUAUGCAAGACGAAAUCCCCUUAAACGAUACAUCUAUUUCUUAACCCACAUGCACUCUGAUCAUUACUAAGGAAUAAGCAAUGGCUGGGAUUACGGAUAAAUAUUUUGUUCCACAGUCACCAAAGCUCUUCUAUUAGUUAAGUUCCCUGGAGUCAAAGGCGUGAUGACUAUCCCGAUGAAAACACCAACUGAAAUAGAACUCUGCAAAAAAUAUAAAGUAAAAGUAACCUUUUUAGACGCCAACCAUUGUCCUGGAGCUGUGAUGAUUCUUUUUUAGGGUUACUUCGGAACCAUUUUACACACUGGAGAUAUGAGAUUUAAUAUGGAGAUGAUCCCAAAGAACCCGCAACUUUACCCUCCUCAAAAUAUUUCAAAUGAAAAUGGAAAGUGUUCCAUUGAUAUUGAUGAACUAAUUCUGGAUAACACCUACUGUGAUCCAAUCUUUAAGUUCCCAAAUAGAGAUGAAGCCUUUAAAAUGCUAUGUGAGAUCAUUGACAAAAACCCUAAUAAUAGAGUUUUCUUGUGUGUUGAUUCAGUAGGGAAGGAGGAAUUGAUGGUUGAACUGGCUAAACAUUAUGACACAGUCAUCGUAGUGAAUGAAUAGCGAUACGAGAUUGUGACAGCUAUGAAUUUCUAUGUUGAAUAUUUCACUCUUGAUAAAACUUAAGGCUGGAUUGAAGUCAUUAGAAAAGGAGAGGUGGAAGAGAGACUCAAAGAUAAAAACACUAUUGCUAUUACUGCAACUGGAUGGGCUAAUACAACGAGUUAUCAAAUGCCAGACAAUAGAAGAUAUGUCAUUCCCUAUUCACUACACUCUAAUUUCAAUGAAAUGCAUCAAUUUGUUAAGAGCAUUCAACCUGCUCUAUUGCAGAAGGUAGUCAAGAACAACACAGGAAAAAGCAGCAAAAUUUAUAAUAUCACUUAAUUUUCAUAAUAUAUGGUGACUCUUCAUCAUAUUAAAUAGAGAGGAUUUGAGUUUUUCCUAAAGAAUUACACUGAUGAAAAACGAUUAUCCUAAGAGUAUAGAUCAAUUAUGAUGGACAGCAGAAAAUAGAGGGAGAUCAAUCAAGAAUUAGGGAUUGAAUUGUCCGAAUAAGAUCAUUAAAUCAUAAACCAAACCAUGUUUCAAGAUACAAAUCAGAAUAUUUUCUAAAAAUAAAAGCAAGUUCGCAAAGGAUAUAAAUUUGAGCAACCAGAAACUAACAAAAAUUUUAAAAUUACUCAAUUUAUUAGAGCCAAAAAACAAUUAGUAAACACAGAAAAAGCAUUACAAUAGGAUGUUAUUCCAGUAGAUAAAGAAAAAAGAAAGGACAAUAAUGCUGAAAUUACUGAAGUUACUAAGCAAACAAAGGAUCCAAUAAUUAUUGAUUGA